AUCAAAACCAACCUGCCUCUGUUUGUCUUCGGCUCAGUUGCAUCGCCGACGCUUGCUGUGUCUCUCUGUACACACACGACUGCAUCAUGAUUCUUAAUUUUUACCAAGCAUCCAAUAUUCCCUUUGGGGGGUUGUCAUUUGCUAUCCCCCUUCUGCUCCUCCUCCUCCUCUUGGGCAACCGUGUCAGGGCCUGCUACAAGCCCGGAUUGCGAUCUCUACCAGGGCCAUUCAUCGCCUCUGUCACGAAUUUAUGGCGUUUGGUAGACGUGGCGCGAGGAAACCACCAUGACACCCUGAUCAACUUGCAUCGAAAGUACCAGUCGAAGCUCGUUAGGAUCGGCCCCAACGCCGUGUCUGUGGCGGAUCCUGAGGCCGUGAGGAUCAUAUACGGAUUGAAAUCCGGCUUCAUCAAAACAGACUUCUACACAGUCCAACAGAGCCUUAGCCAAGGAAGGCCCUUGGAGAAUCUGUUCAACACCCGUAAUGAAGACUUCCAUGCGGCCAUCCGGCGGCCAAUCGCGAACGCAUACAGCAUGACCACCCUGCUCAAGUACGAACCAUUUGUCGACACCACGUCGAGGGUGUUCUUGCAGAGACUGAAUGAGCUCUAUGGAGACACGGGGAAGGCCUGUGACUUGGGCACAUGGCUGCAGUACUAUGCAUUCGAUGUCAUCGGAGAGAUGACCUUCAGUAAGCGCCUCGGCUUCCUGGAGACGGGCAGCGAUGUCGGCGGCAUCAUCAAGGAUCUUGAAUGGAGGCUGAACUACUUUGCGUGGUGCGGGCAAAUACCAAUUCUGGACAAAUUCCUCGUCAAAAGUCCGAUCGCAGUCCGCAUGAUGCCUUCAAAUCACGUCGUCAAAUUCACACUUGACCUUGUGAACGACCGGCUCGCACACCCUUCCGAGAGGCAGGAUUUCCUCGACAUGUUCCUGAAGGCCAAGGAAGAGCAUCCGGACCUGGUGAACGAUCGCCAGGUCACCUCGUACAGCGUGACCAACAUCUUCGCGGGUAGCGACACCACCGCCAUCUCCCUCCGGUCUGUAUUCUACCACCUGCUGAAGAAUCCCCCGACGCUACGCAAGGUUGUGGAGGAGAUCGACAGCGCCGUCGACGGGAGAGAUUGCUUGCAAGAGCCCAUCUCGUUUGCCGAAUCCAACAAAAUGCCUUACCUGCAGGCGGUGCUAAAAGAAGCAAUGCGUGUUCACCCAGCCGUGGGGCUGCUCUUGGAGCGGCUAGUGCCCAGUGGGGGAUGCAAGAUAGCCGGCACCUGGCUCCCCGAGGGUACGACCGUUGGUAUCGAUCCCUGGGUGCUGCAUCGGAACAAGCAAGUGUAUGGCGAGGACGCCGACGUGUUCCGGCCGGAGCGGUGGCUCGAAGCCGACGCGGAGACAUUGAAAGUCAUGGACAGGUCCUUUUUGGCUUUUGGGUCCGGGGCUCGCACGUGCAUAGGCCGGCACAUCUCGAUGCUUGAGAUGGCCAAGAUCGUCCCGCAACUCUUGUGGGCCUUCGAGCUCGAGCUCGAGAACCCCAAGGCGUCGUGGGAGCUCCAUAAUUACUGGUUCGUCAGACAAACCGGUCUUAACGUAUACUUACGGAAGCGACCGGGGCGUGGUGGGUAUCUUUUCGCGUAGUGUGUAUCUAGCGAUUAUAUUUUACACAUAUUCAUCUAUACCACUUUGCACUGUUGUUAAAUUGUCAGAAGAGGAGACAAUGGGGUAGGCCAGAGGGAUGGGUCAAGACCCAGAGGUCUAGUCCAGGUAGGGCCUUCGCAACG